CUAUAAUAAUAGUGAGUUUAAUGUUAUCUCUUAACACUUGACCAGCGACUUUCUAAGGAAGAAGAUUUUCCGGAGCUCUCCAAAAACCAGAACUUUAAUAAUGGAUAAAGAACCCAAUCUCCCCCCAUAUCCUGGUCCUCCGCUGAACCAAACUAACAUGCCAAACCAAGUACAACCAGUUGCAUACCAACCUCAACCAGUUUAUCCACCUCAACCCACACAGAGCAUUCCAGUGACAUCAGCCACUGUAGCUCCAGCAGUCCAGUCUGCAUCAGCACCUGUUGCAGUCACGCAGGUGGUGGUGAUGCAAUCAAGGCUAGCUGAUGUCCCGGGACAAACAAAAUGUCCUCACUGCCAGAGGGACGUUGUCACUGAGACCAGAUAUGUCAACGGCUUGCUUACCUGGGCCAUUUGUGGAAGUCUUGGCAUUCUAAUGAUCUGGCCGUGUUGUUUGAUUCCGUUCUGUGUGGAUGCCUGCAAAGACAUAGAGCAUUCCUGUCCAAACUGCAAGGCAGUCGUCUUCCUGUACAAACGCAUGUAAUUCGCUCGGUAGCAAAGAAAAUCCAGACUAAUCUUCAGCGGUAACAUUACAAGAAUUUGACAGAAUUGUGUUUUAGCCUAUCAUGGACAUACAUACAUAUCUAACAUGGUCAUAUAAGAAUGCAAUGCUUAUUCAGCUUUUUGUUGCUGAUAUACAGCAUACAUAUCUUUUUAUGUAAAUUUUGUAUGUUUUAAAUUUAAGAAAAAAUGUUUUACGUACUUUACUAUGUCAUUUUGCAUACAUAGGUCUAUAUUAUUAAAUAAUAGUUUACU